CCUAACAGAGAAAAGAAAUUAGAAACUAAUUUCAAGACACAUUAAGACAAUGGCAAGCUUCACCCUAGUCACAUCCCUCCCAAAGUUUGGCCAUGCUGGAGCAGCAAUUGCUAGGACUCGUGUCUGGAAUCCUAGGGUUUUCGCAGCUGCUACACCUAGAACUAUCCAAGUUCCAAGAGAAGGACCAGCAACCGCUGAAGGCACCACACAAGGAGCUAGUGAAACAGUCAAUAACAGUUUGAACGAAGCGCAAGACAAGGCUUACACCACAGCGGAACAUGUGGCUAACAAGACAAAUGAGGUGGCUGGUCAGAUGUCAGCAAGUGCUCAAAAUAUGGCUGGUAAAGCAAAACAGACAAUGCAAGAGGCAUGGGAAUUCAGUAAGAACAAAGCCAAUACCGUGGUAGGAAAGACUAAAGAAUCAGCUGAACACGCCAAAGAUAAUGUGGUAGGAAAGACUAAAGAAUCAGCUGAAUACGUCAAAGAUAAUGCAGAGGCAGUGAAGAAGAACAUGAACUCAAAGAACUGAUUUAAUGUCUCCAUCAUAUUUCAUGGUUACCAUUUAAGCACUUUUUUUUUCUUUUUUCUUUUUAUACUAAUUUCAUUUUGUUAUGCAUGGCAUCAAAUAUGGAGAGGAUCGAUCGAUAUGUCUCUUCCCAUGUGCCAUUGAUUAGUUUGAAACAAAAACUCAUUUUGUUUCAAUUAUCAAUAAAUAUUUAAGCCUUUCAUUC